GUUACGCCGGCAUAGCAACGGUGCCACCGAAAUUCCCAUCGAAUUCUCUAUCAGCGCAGCAGAUCUAAACAACGCUUGGUACCGAACUAAUUUUAUUUCCAACGAACUGGUCUAACCAGUUCGUUAUUCGCGGACUAUCAACUUUGCACGCACGCAAACAUGUUAACAUCUAUUACUAUUAGUACUGUCUUGUUUACGCUUGCACUCGACUUUCGUCUUCCGCUAUUGCCCCCCGGCCUGCACCUGGACUUGCGUUUGGGGGGCGGGAGAAAUGGCAGCGUUUUCCAAGGAAGUCUCAACAAAACUGUUGUUGCAGUCAAAGUCCUCUCUUCAGAAGCGUCUUCUGACGCUUUCUUCGACCGGGUUCAUUCGUGGAGGAGUUUGAAUCAUGCUAAUAUCUGCGAGGUUUAUCGCGUGUCCUCCAACGAGGACGACUCCCUCUAUCUCGUUAUGCAAUGCCAUGUCAACGGGAAUAGUCGGCAAUACUUGACAAGAAACCCCAAUGUUGAUCGCGGAAAAAUUAUCCUCGAGACUGCCCUGGGCAUGCAAUAUCUGCAUUCGUGUGAUGUCAUUCAUGGAGGUCUCAAGCCGACCAACAUUCUCAUCAGAGACAACGGAGAGGCAUGUGUCUCUGACUGGGCUACGGUCGAGAUACAGCCAAGCAGAAACAAGGAAGCGCACCGAUAUUUUAGUCCGGAAGCGUGGAAGGGAACAGUGUCGCGACCUUCAGACGUGUUUUCGUUCGCGAUGAGUGCAUACGAGUUAUAUACCCUCUCCCAGCCGUGGGGCGUACUGUCCGAGAAACAGAUAUACCAGCUUGUCGUGGCAGAAGAUGCCCGACCUGACCGUCCAGAUCCAACCCGGGACGCCCGCGUGGGCCUGAACAACUAUUUCUGGGAUGUCAUCGAAGAGUGCUGGCGAAAGGAGCCUCGCAUGCGGCCAAGUUUCGACAUUGUCGUGCGUUUAUGGAGAAGCUAUGGAACAGACACUCCCCAAGAAGUCUCUGCUUUCAAUGCCAAGGCAAUGCCUGCCGCUGUGAUAGCCUCUCUGGCCGCCGAAUUUGGCCAACUGUCUACUCGGUCGACUAGCUUAGGCCGGAGUUCGACGGUAGCAUCGACACGCUCGUUCAAAUCUGGACCACCAGCCUACGAGAAACCUCUGACAGCAUCGCCAACAUCGCCUCUAUCGCCUUUGUCAAAUUAUACCCCUUUAUCUUCGCAGAUCUUUUCCCCGACGUUGUCGAGUAGCACAGAUGCCUCCUCCCUGUCCACCCCAAGAUCCCAUCCCGUGGACGAUCUACCACCUAUCAGUCCAGUUUCCAACCCGUUACGGGUUAACUCGCUCUCAAAUAGCUCGGACUACUCGCGACACUGGGAUCCUACGAGCACUUUAGCAAGAUCCUAUACUCCGCAAUUAUCUGCCUUUGCUGAGGUGGACGAGCAUAUUGUUCGUAGCGAAUCACCGUCACUAUGGGAGACAAAACGUCGUGGGAUCGGUGCAAUAACACAUCAACCUAUUGCUACCGCGUGGGAUCGUCGGUCGGGAUUGUCUGCCGAAAGUGAAGGACUUUCUGGCACCGGGUCAUCAUCCAGCUUGUCCCGUAUGUGUUUGCCUACUCCGAAUGACGCUUAUUGCUAAUAUAUAUCUCGUAGACCCACCGAACGCCAUUCUUCUGGUUGGCGCGUUACAGGCGGAAGUGCAAACAACUCGCCGACGUGCCUUUAUCGACAAUUGCCUUUCCAAGAUUCAAUAUGUCGCCACACAAUGCGACAAAGGCG